AUGUCUCAACUACCGCCCUCCUCUCAGCUACACCUCCAGAGGAUGUCUCAACCACCUCCCCCCUCUCAGUUGAGGAUGUCUCAACCACCUCCUCCCUCACAGUCACACCCCGUUUCUACCACUCCCAACUCCCCAUCCACCGUGGACGAAUACGACAACGCAUUCCCCCCUUUCUCCGAAAGUAUGCUGCACGCUGUGCAUGUUUUAGAACAGCACGAACAGUCUACAUCCUCGGACCCCCCUCUCCCAACCAAACGACUCUUGACCCCCAAAAAAAAUGCACCCUCGUCCCUCCAUGUACUUGCAGCGCAACGAAAAGCAGUGGCCAAUGCUCAACUCCCUCAAAAUGCCCAAAAUGUAGCCUCCACGCCACCUCAGCUACUGCAAUCACUACGUUCUCCAUUUACUGCACCUUCCUCCGAGAACUCCCUACCCUACAUGACACCAUUGGCUGGACAGUAUGCCCAUCCAUUCAGAACUGCUGACGCUCAUUCCUACCAAGUCCAACAUCCGCAACUCCAUCCACCCUCCGCUACGUUAACGGUACCUCCUGGACCUUAUCAAACCAAUACGUUGAGUGGACCUGGUAUCCCUACCUCCCUGUCCUUCCCUCCUCAGACAAUCUCAUUCUCCGUGCCUCCCCACGUAGAAGCGACGCCAUCAACCACCCAACCGAUGCUUCCUCACAUCGAAGGAGUUGGAGGCCGUCCAACAAAGACCGAAGCGCAAGGCCUACAGGAGUCAUUUUGCAAGUUGGACUCCUUACUUGAGAAGUUAGCUGAACGUCUGGGGACCACGCCAGACCUCCUCCUCUCUCGCUACCUUGCAAAUAAUUCACAGGGUAGACUGAAGGGAAAGGAUAAUCCCUGGAACACGUAUCAACAGUGGGUUUUGAACAACGAUUCCAUUCUCAUCCAGGAGAUGCAACGCCUUGAAGACGAAGCAUCCGAGGAUAUUAAGUGGGAUGGCCAUUCUGAUCCCGACGCACAGCAACUCAAACUCGCCUUUUGGAAGUUCAAAGAAGAAGUCGACGAUUGGGAGCAAAUCCUCCGUGAAGCAAAAAGCAAAGCACUUCUAACGAAGCAGCUUCAACGUUACCGCCGAAAGGCGUUCGAAAAUAUUUUUGGACGGAUCAAGUCUCUGCAACAGACCGCUGAUAACCGUUAUGGCUUCAGUGGUGUCGCUAUGCUCAUCGGCAACCAGGUGAACAAUGACCAGUCACUGGCUCACAUUCACACAACGUCUAAGGUAGAAACAUUUUCCGAAGACUGUUGUUUGACAGACCAAGGUGGUCUCAUAGGACACCUACGGUCCCUUGCGUAUCACAAUGUUCGUCGCGAUAUCCUGAAGUCAGAAGUCCUUGCAGCUGCAGAGAGGCUCGAACUUUCAGUGCUGCAGUCCCCCACUGAAGGGCCUUCGAAUUCGGGAGUAGCGUCGACUUUGGCGGCUGCACCACCCUCUACGAUCAAGGAUUCGCCAGUCGAUGCCUCGUCCCAGAACGCCUCGUCAAUCAUUUUUGGCAUCAAGGUCCCGAAUUAUUCCUCUGAAAGUAAGCUGACGGAUGCAGCUAGGAUGGCACUUCGUGGCCGCGCAAGUGAAGCUGGUCUCAAUGCCGAGAGGCUCUAUUGGAAUACGCUUCAUCAGCACAUGAUAAAGGCAGGACUGGCAAUCAUUAACUGGCCCCAUUCUGUCUUGCAACCAUGGACGUCCUCCUCCUCGAGCAGCAAAGGUAUUGCAAAGCUUGACAAGGCUUCACGGAUGGCUUUGAUAGCUGCAUGCGAUGAGCACUGUCAACAGUGGCUGUCCUUUGUGUCCCGUUGUAAAGCAGAUAUCAGGAACAGCGUUGUUCCUAUACUCUCCUUCACGCCAGAUGCUGACGGUAAAAUUGGACAGAUCUUUCUGAAGCAGGUCAUGUCAAAGUCUAAACCAGCCCACAAAAGCAAGCGCAAAGCGAACGUCAAGGUCGAGGCUGAUUCGGAUUCGUUUGAAGGCGCUGACAGUGAUGAGCUCGAAAAUAGUGGCAAAGACAUCAAAAACGCUGCACCAGCCCUGGAUAAAGUAGAACAGGAGACGCCUACAGCUCGACCGCGAUCCCUACGACAUACCCGUGCUAACUCUCAGCCUCCGACUGCUGAGACUGCCUCUGUCAAGACUACGACCAAGUUGCAACCACCACCAAAAAUCCUGUCGACUGCAUCUGUCAAGAGGGUCUCGUUCCAGGUGCAGGACCAAGCGACAGCAGAGCCUUCUGCUCCUAUGAAUGCACCUCUAGCCACUGUCAUCAACGAUGACAGUAUAUCUACCUAUGCUCAGUCUAGUUACACGUCCGUCCAACGCCUUAGUGGUCUUCGUAAUAAGGUGGAUGUCAAACCACCGAUAUCCUUGGAGGAUUUGGACGACAUGGUCACUGCCAGCAAGCGUCCCUCUCCCCCUCCCACAGAUGAAGUCGACGCAAAGAGACGGCGUUGCGACAGUUACAAGGGUUCUACCCCUGCUGGACCUACAAUGGCUGAGUCGACUCAUCACCCACAUCAAGGCACCCGAGGUUCCUCUACAGACUACUCCAUGGCUACUGCACAGCAACCCCUCCCACCACCUCCACUUAUAACAGCAACUACUCACCACCUGGCACCUCCACCAUCUAGUGAGGUCAGCUUUCCUGAGGCUGUUCCCUCCCCACAUCCGCAACGUCAUUCUACUCCUUCGUCGACCAUUGACCAUCCUCAAAAUCCGACUUACAACCCAGGUUUCCAGAACCACCCCCAUCACCAGCAUCACCCGCCCCCUCCUCAGCCCCAGUUCUCGCCUGAACAAGUACAGGCGAUGAUGGCGAUGAUGGCUGCUUCCGGAUUCCAAUUCCCACCUUCCACUGGGGCUGCCCCCGCCCACCCAUUUGCAGUACCACACCAGGUGGUUAACCCGGGAGGUAGCGUCUAUCACCAAAAUGGGUACCCCAUUCCCGAUCAGUCUACCGCACACACUGGAGCUGGCCCCAACUACAUGCAUGGUGGUAACGCUGGUCAGACUCCACACCAGGGAGGAAACUCGGUGUCGGACUAG